AAGGCGGACACGAACGCUUCGUCGCCCUUGCCGUCGGGGUAGUAGCGGAUCGCCCAGUCGAAGCCGCCGACGGCGAAGGUGGCGGAGGUGAGGACGUUGCCGGCCUCGACGCCCUGCUUGCGGCUGUACCCUGCGAUGUCGAACCGGUGGUCGCCGCGCACGGUCUCUGUCGUGCUUGUGGACUUCGUGUUCGGUGACGACGCCAUUUCCUGCAGCGGCUGAGUCGUCGUCAAGGUCUCGACGCACUCGUGCUAUUAUAUUCCUCGACGCGAUCGUGCAUUGAUGGAGAGGACAUUGAGUUCGAUGGAGUGGAGGCUCCAUUUACUGAUUGGUGAGGAAGACGAGGGGAUUACAAUUUUGGAGAACGCGCCGUGUUCCCAACUCAUCACCAUGGGAACACGAAACGAAUGCCAGUGGUGAAUUCUCAGCCAAGAACUCAGCGGACUCUUCGACUACCACGAUCACCAAUUAUUCAGGUUCUUGAACUUUCUGCCGUCGUCGUCUAUAAACGCACACGGCCGCGUCAAAUUCCGGCCGGUGCGCCCGAGCCCAACCUCCCAUCGAUCGCAAAUGGCGUCGCCGCCGGACACCGUGACCGUCCGCGGCGCGCACCAGUUCGAGAUCGUCGGCUACAGCCUCAUCAAAGGCUUCGCCGCGGGCGAGUUCGUCCGGUCCGGCGCCUUCGCCGUCGGCGGCUACCGGUGGUCCGUCCGCUUCUACCCCGGCGGCUUUUCGGCGCCGUACCGCGCGUUCGUGUCGGCGUUCCUCAAGAUCACGAGCAAGGACGCCAGGGCGUGGGCGCGCUUCGACCUCCGCCUGCUCGACCGCGCCACGGGGCUGUCGCGCUCCGUGCGCCGCGCGGCGGAGCCCGUCGUGUUCGACUACUCGGCGCCGCACAGGAAGUGCAAGGGCAAGCGCGGCGCCCGCGCGCUCAUGCUGCGGAGCGAGCUCGAGGCGUCGCCGUACCUGCGCGGCGACCGCCUCACGAUCGAGUGCGUCGUCGACGUCGCCGCCGCCGGCGUGGCUCCGCGCCAGCUCAGGGCGCCGCCGUCGGACCUGUCGAAGCAUCUCGGCGACCUGCUGGAUCAGCAGGACCGGACGGACGUCGCGUUCGACGUCCGAGGCGAGGUCUUCCGCGCCCACAAGGCGGUGCUCGCGACGCGGUCGCCGGUCUUCAUGGCGGAGCUCUACGGAGGGAUGAAGGAGGAGGGGAUGGAGCGCAUCGCCAUCGACGACAUCCAACCGGUGGUGUUCGGAGCUCUGGUUCGCUUCAUCUACACUGAUGUUCUGGUGCUCCCGGGCGAUCUGGAAGGAGACGACUACAAGGAGAUGGUGCGGCAUCUCCUUGAGGCGGCGGAUCGGUAUGGCAUGGAGAGGAUGAAGGUGAUGUGCGAGAGCAUCCUGUGCAGGAGCCUCGAUGCGAGCACGGUGGAGACGACGCUCGCCCUAGCUGAUCAACACUACUGCACGGCGCUGAAGGAUGUUUGCCUUCAGUUUAUGUCCCUUGGAUUAGAAGGAUGA